AGCAUAAGUUUAUUGGACCUGAGAAAAGGACAUGAUUUUAUUGAUUAAAUGAAUUUUGGUAAAUGAACAACAAUAAUCUCUUUCACUUUUUGCUCUUUUUGCUUCAAAUGAAAAGACAUUCUACAUCAUCCAGCUCAGAGAGACCUUCAAAAGGCGCAAAGCUAAAUGAAUGUACAGUAGCACCAAUUCAAGAAGCGGAUUAUUCCAGCACAGUAAAUCAAGAAGGUGCCUCUUCUUCCUCAAGUAAACCAGGGCUUUUGAAAAAAGCACAACAAAAGGUUGAUAAGCAAAAUGUACUUUUAAAAUUCAAAACAGAGCAAAAGGCUCCAAAGGAAGUCAAGCGCCCCUCAUGUGGGUUAACAACACGCGCGCGAUCAACGAGUAAAUUGUACCCAAACAAGAAAGCAAAAGUACCUGCUUGCAGCCCUGAUGAAAGGGUUGAAAGCUUUGAAAUCAAGGCGUCAUUACCUAAUGUUUGUAACAAUCAACAACUUGCUCAGCAUAUCAAGGAUCUAGCAGAUUAUACCACUAAAGUUUUGUUUGUGGGAUCCCUUUUUGGCAAUUUUAUCUUCAUCAAACUACUCGAUGAUGGCCAGGCUAUUCCAAUUAUUAAACAAAGUUUAUGCACAAAUAUAUUUGCGGUAAUGACUGGAAAUGGAAAGAGAGCACCAAACUAUCUCAAAGAAUACUUCACUCUUUUCUGUGAAUUGACAGCUGUAGACCGCGACUCUUUGAAAAGUAUAAACUAUUCAAGUAUUCUUUCCAUCGUUGGUAAGCAAGACGAAGUCCUGGUUAGAAAUCACAUUCACGAGACACACGAACGAAGAUCGAUAGCGUACUUUCUGAAUAUGAUGUCUGACAACAAUUCAAGUAAUUGUUGUUCAGAGCCAUCUUGGCCAUCGUCUGUCCCAUGCAGUAACUACUAUAAAGAUAUCGCUGAAAGCAUAGCAAGCAUGUGGUCUAAAUACCAACUAGAUCAAUGUGAUUCCGAUACUCUUUACUCAAAACUUCACCUGUUUUUCAAGUGGUUCUACUUUCUGUCGCAAGAAGUGCAAAAAAAAUGUAUGUGUAUCGUAAGCUCAGAGAGCUUCCAUUCACUGGUGUUUGAGCAAAAAGAAGUUUAACUCUUUAAGAGAAGAAAUACUGGAGUCAAUCAAUUCCAACAAGACGUUUACUCCAGGAAAAAACUAGCCAAGCUUACUCCUCAACAAGCAUCAGUAGUUCAAAAUUUUAUUGAUACAGUUAAAACAAGAAUACAAGAUAGCACGUUCACUCCUGCUAAAUACACUGACAAAAGAGGAUGUCGCUUUUUUCCACUGCACCUAUAUAUUCCGUUCAGACAAAAUCAAUCCAAAUUGAUGCUCAAGCUUUUUGGAGACUGAUGAAACAAUGUGGCAUACCAAAUUACCCGAAAGGGAAGAAAACCGAAUCCGACUUGACUGAUUUUUACUAUCAUUUGUU